AUGACCACUUCCCCAGGCGAUGAUUCAAUACCAUCCCUCAUCACACUCAUAAUCACGACUUCGCCGACCCUGUCAGCCCCGUCCAUCGAGCUACUCUCCACAGUCCUCAAGUCAUUUCGCCGCCAUUGCGCCCAGCUCCUGGACUGCAAAGUCGUAGUCGUUUUCGACGGAUGUGAACAAAUCACAUCUCACCCUCGCCUGAAAAAGGGCUACGUUACACCAAAAGGAGCAGAGCACUACGAAACCUACAAGAAGAAUGUGAAAAACCUCUUCCUAGAAGAAUAUCUGCAGGGAAAAUCGAUAGGAAAAUUAACAGAGACUCACGGCGAGGCUGAGUACGGCUCACCACACAAGGUCAAGCCAGUUCCAUUCGUCACUACAUCCACAGAAGAUGGCCGCAUCAAUUUCAUCGAGGUGACGGCUCAGCGACUGGGAUUCGGCCUAGCAGUCCGCACGGCAAUCCGAUCAGUUAAUACGCCUUACAUCUGGGUCCAUCAACACGACUGGGCUCUCAAAUAUGAUAUCCCCAUUACAUCGCUCCUCGACGUGAUGCAAGCCUCAGAGGCGGAUGAUGCAAAACCCAUAAAAUACGUCUGUUUGCCGUCGGGCCGUAGAACCUCGUACGCAACCUCUGAUCAGGUCAUGCCCUUUCCGGAACUGCGGAAGCUAGCGUCCGCCCUCACUGGCGACUAUGUCUCGCCGAGUGAUUCCUCGGUUGUGGUUCCGCUGACGCCCAUGUUCUUCUGGCAUGAUAAGCCGCAUAUUGCGUCGAGAGCGCAUUAUCUUCAGCGUGUGUUCCCGACCAGACUGGCUAUGAUGAGAGGGGCCUUUAUCGAGGAUACGAUUGGGCAGAGGGCCAGGAAUCAGAUGAAGGAGGGGCAGUGGGCGAAAUGGGCGACUUGGCUCUAUCAUCCUGAGGGGGGGAAGGAAGUUUGCUUGAAGCAUCUUCAUGGGAGGACGUGGAGGGGUGAGGAGGAGGAGAUGAGGAAGAGAAUGACGUAUCGGGAGCGGAAUAUGGCUUCGGCGGAUGGGAAUGGGGGAAAUAAUGGUGAUGAAUUUAGACGUAUAGAUGAUUUAGAUGUGGAGAUAUACCCAGCGUUGUCGGGAGACGAGACAUAG